GAAUCAUUGACUCACAGUUGUCAGUCUAGGGGGCAAUUUAUUUGCUGCUUGGAGGGGUUAUAAGAAGAGCCAAUAAGAAAGGAGGUUCCUCCAUAACACAGGAACACUGUGGACCCCAAGCCCCACCCUACCCACCUCUUCAAAGACUCCAGCUGCCCCUCUCCAGUCCUCUGCUUCCCUAUCUCAUGCUCAUGCCCCUGGGUGGGCUGCUGCGGUGGUGGUGCUGCUGCUGCGGCUGGUACUGCUGUGGACUGUGCACCCCAGCUCCCCAGAUGUUGCGCCACCAGGGUCUCCUUAAGUGCCGCUGCCGAAUGCUCUUCAAUGACCUGAAGGUUUUCCUACUGAGGCGCCCCCCUCCAGCGCCCCUGCCCAUGCACGGUGACCCCCAGCUCCCUGGUGUGGCGGCCAACAACAACACCCUUCCGGCUCUGGGUGCCGGGGGGUGGGCAGGCUGGAGGGGCCCCCGAGAAGCUGUGGGCAGGGAGACCCCUCCACCUCCACCACCUUUGCCUCCUUCUGUGGAAGAUGACUGGGAUGGCCCAGCCACAGGGCCACCUGCCUCCCUGCUCAGCAGCGCUUCCUCUGAUGAAUUCUGUAAGGAGAAAACUGAGGACUGCUACUCUCUAGGAAGUAGCUUGGACAGUGGUAUGAGGACUCCCCUCUGCCGCAUCUGUUUCCAGGGACCUGAGCAGGGAGAGCUGCUAAGCCCAUGCCGCUGUGAUGGUUCGGUCAAAUGUACCCACCAGCCAUGUCUCAUCAAAUGGAUCAGUGAAAGGGGCUGCUGGAGUUGUGAGUUGUGCUACUACAAGUACCACGUCAUCGCCAUAAGCACAAAGAAUCCUCUACAGUGGCAGGCCAUAUCCCUGACGGUGAUCGAGAAGGUUCAGAUUGCAGCCGCCAUCUUGGGUUCUCUCUUCCUCAUCGCCAGUAUCUCUUGGCUCAUCUGGUCGACCUUCAGUCCCUCAGCAAAAUGGCAACGUCAAGACCUCCUCUUCCAGAUCUGCUAUGGGAUGUAUGGCUUCAUGGACGUGGUGUGCAUAGGCCUCAUCAUCCACGAAGGGCCCUCGGUUUAUCGCAUCUUUAAACGCUGGCAGGCUGUAAACCAGCAGUGGAAAGUGCUGAACUAUGACAAGACAAAAGACUUAGAGGAUCAAAAAUCAGGAGGCAGGACAAACCUACAGACUUCCUCAUCUGCCCAAGCCAAUAUACCCUCCACGGAAGAGGAGGCAGCCAGCCCGCCAGCCCGUGAAGAGGGCCCCACCAGGGCUGCCAGCCACCCCUCAGGCCCUGUGUCCCAACACCACUGUGCUUAUACCAUCCUACACAUCCUGAGUCACUUGAGACCUCAUGACCAGCGGAACACACAGGGCAGCAGCCGAGAGCUCGUCAUGAGAGUCACCACGGUGUGAAAGGAGGCCUGGGAGGAAGGUUGAGACCACAGGAAAGAGUCUGGGCCAGGAAGGGCCCAGGGAGCAGGAAUGGGAGGCAGAAAUCCAGCCGUGGGUGGUGGGCCUCAAGGAGAGCUGUGGGGAGACUGCCUGAGGGAGAGCGCUUAUGAUUUCCAGUCCAUUGGUUCCACAGCAAGGGAAAAAACAACUCAAACUCCACAACAAUGGGUGGGACAAAUGGAAUCUGCCCUAAGAAAAUAACCCCUCUCGGAGAGCCACAAGUAGCAAGACAGCCAGAAAGGGGUGGGCAGAAAAUGGUGGCUGGUACCUGGAGUACCCGAUGUGCCUGAGACCAGGCAGCAAAGAGAGAAAGCAAAGGCCACCUAGGGGAGAGCUUUUGUAAUCUGCACCUCUCUCUCAGCCUUGGGUUUAUGAUUUAUUCCUCCCUGGGUGCUGCUGCUUCCUAGCCCUCGGUACCCACGAGAGAGAGAGAGAGAGAGAGAGAGAGAGAGAGAGAGAGAGAGAGAGAGAGAGAGAGAGAGAAAGAGAGAGAGAGAGAGAGAGAGAGAGAGAGAGAGAGGAGAAUGGGGCCCUGUGAGCUGGUGGCCCUACCAUGUUUGUUGGGAGCCUCUAUACUCUGCAAAAUUCCAGUGACUCAAAUGGCUUUACGGAUCCCCUGGAGACAUUCAGAAAGGGAGUUGUUGGUAUGCCUGGCCAGAGAGAUGGGGCUGGGUCCCCGAGAAAGAACUUUCCUAGCUGUAACUACAAGUGUCUCGAGUGUCUUGUGUAUUCAAAGAAGGCUGAGGUUUAGAGAUGGAGAUCUUUCUGUUUCCUUGUUUAUUUUACGGUGAUUUGGCUCAGAGAUGUUUACAGGAUGGGGGACUCACAUACAUACGUACAUGUGUGUGUGUGUGUGUGUGUGUGUGUGUGUGUGUGUGUGUAGGGAAGCACAGACUUCUCAAGCACACUUCUGCUGCUGUGGCAUCAGCCUUCAAAGCUGUCAGGCCAGGGAUGAUUUUCCUCACUACUGAGCCCCAUCUAUAACCAGAAUAAUGCAGUGUCAUGUCCUUUUGACCUUGGCAUUCUCAUAGGGCAGGCACACAUGCACGCAUGCAAAUGUAUGCAUGUGUGCAUGUGUGUGCAUGCCUUCGAGAACACACACACAUACACACACACACACACGCACACACAUACAUGCACACACAUGCACGCACAUACCUGGGUCUGCUGCAGUGUAGGGUGACAUUGGCCUGUAUAUCUCCAGGAAGGCAUGAACACCUAAGUAUUCCUUGCUGCUUGGUACCGGUCCCCUCUCUGAAGAGGCAGUUUGCUUCGUGCUCUGGGCUAUGUGCUCCUGGUCCUUCUUGUGCAGCCAGGCACACCAGGGAGCUAGUCAGGGAGCCCACCGGUGUGUUCCAGGACCCUGCCAGGGAAGGCCACUGGGUGGUCACCUGCAGAGUUUCUUCCUGUCAUUGCACAAUGGACAUGUCAUCCUUGGGUAUUAAAUGGACACUGUCAAGUACUUUUUUAAACUAGUUUUUAGGGUUUUUUUUUAAAAACUCUCUGUUGUUUGUAAUAUUCUCUUAAAAGCUUGGAAAUAAAAUUUCUUUCCCUAGCA